CAUUUUGAAGAUCUUUCUAAUGAACUUAUCUAUCAAAUAUUUGAAUUAUUGGAUUCUUAUGAUGUCUAUAUUAUUUUCUCUAAUCUGAAUUUGCGAAUUGAAAAUCUUCUUACUAAUUCUAAUCUUCGAAUAAAUCUCGAUCUUUCAUCAAUAUCAAAAUCAAAUUUUCAACAUUAUUAUAAAGAAAUUAUUAUUCCUCAUCAACUUCGAAUUAAUUCGAUUCGUUUAACAAAUUUAUUUAUCUAUAAUCAUCCCUUUUCACCACUUCGAAAGUUAACAAGCCUUUGUCAACUUGAAAAACUUAUUAUUCAUAAUAUUCAAAUGAAUUAUCUUGAAGAACUUUUAAUUUCUUUACGUGUUUUACCAAAACUUUACUCAUUAGAUAUUGAACCUAUUGAUGACAUAACGAAUCCAUCGCAUAUUUAUGAUCGAAUAUUUCGUUUACCUGUCUUAAAAUAUUGUCAAAUCUCUUUUAAAAUAAAACCAAAUGCUAUUUUAUUACUUGAAACAACUAAUGAAUACAGUUCUAUUGAACAUCUCAUUAUCAGAAAUGAUAUUUCCUUUUACCACCUCGACACAUUAUUAUCAUUUAUUCCUCAUCUUCGUUAUUUAUCAUGUUUAAAUAUCUUUCGAUUAAAAGAUAACCCACCAAAUAUUCGACCGAUUAUAUUAAAUAAAUUAAGUCAUAUUUUAUUUCAAAUGAGACAUACAACUUUUGAUCAAUUUAAACAAUGGAUUACAAAUCUUUCUCAUCGAAUUGAAGUCUUAUGUAUUUCAACAAAAUAUGAUAUGAAAUAUUUAGAUGCCAAUCAAUGGGAACAAUUAAUUAUAAAUCAUAUACCAUAUUUAAGAAUUUUUGAUAUUCAAUAUACUUAUACUGUCCAUAAAGACAAUCAAAUCAUGGCGUGUAAUUCAGCUGAAAUAGAACAAUUCAAUUCUUCAUUUUGGAUUGAACGUCAAUGGUCAUUUGAACAUUUACAUGGAUGGACAAAGAAUUGGGAUAAUAGAAUUUUCUAUUCAACUAAUCCAUAUAGAAGAAAAUAUUUUACAUUAUAUGGAGAAACUGGUCAAUUAGAGAAAAAAAUUCAUUUAAAUACAGUUCUUCAUGUUCAUAUUCGAAGUCUACAAGCAAUAAUCAAUUGUAUUUAUUAUUUUCCAAG